UCUGCCUGCCCCUUUAUCUAAAGCUCUUCACCGAAGGACAGACUGCCAUUCAACUUGAACCGACUGGUGCCUUCAGCUAACCAACCAACAACAUUUCAACAAAUAACGUUUUUUUGUUAAUUGUAUUAUUAUUUGUAGUUAAUUUCAGGAGGACCAUAAUGAACGUCUUUAUAGCCGACUACUGAAAACGGGUGGAUUUUUACUGACCUCAAUCUCAAGAUGUCUAUACUGCCAUUCACCCCCCCGAUUGUGAAGAGGCUUUUAUGCUGGAAAAAGGGUGAACAGAUACAUGGACAGGAGGAGAAAUGGUGUGAAAAGGCAGUGAAAAGUCUUGUAAAGAAAUUGAAGAAGACAGGACAGCUGGACGAGUUGGAGAAGGCCAUCACGACCCAGAAUAUCAACACCAAAUGCAUUACCAUACCAAGGUCUCUAGAUGGUCGUCUCCAGGUGUCCCAUCGCAAAGGCCUUCCCCAUGUCAUUUACUCUCGUCUGUGGCGUUGGCCAGACCUGCAGUCGCCCCACGAGCUCCGGGCCAUAGAGCUGUGUGAGUACGCCUUCCACACCAAGAAGGACGAGGUGUGUGUCAACCCUUACCAUUACCAACGCGUCGAGACACCAAUCCUCCCUCCCGUCCUGGUUCCUAGACAUUCAGAAAUCCCUACAGAGUGUCCUAUUGUAGACGACUACAGCCAUUCUAUCCCCGAGAACACCAUCUUCCCCGCCGGCAUCGAGCCACAGAGCAACUACAUCCCAGAGACCCCUCCUCCUGGGUAUCUGAGUGAGGAUGGAGAGGCUAGCGACCAGCAUCUCAACAACCUGAUGGACACAGGAUCACCUAGUAACCUGUCACCAGAAUCAUCCUCACCAACACACAGCACUAACCUGGACCUACAGCCGGUAACGUACUGUGAGUCAGCGUUCUGGAGCUCUAUGUCCUAUUAUGAGUUGAACCAGCGUGUGGGCGAGACCUUCCAUGCCUCCCAGCCCUCUCUCACCGUCGACGGGUUUACAGACCCCUCCAACUCAGAACGCUUCUGUCUGGGACUACUGUCCAACGUCAACCGCAAUGCUGCUGUGGAGCUCACACGCAGACACAUAGGCUGUAACCUGAAGAUAUUCAACAACCAGGAGUUUGCAGCUCUGCUGGCCCAGUCAGUGAACCAGGGCUUUGAGGCUGUCUACCAGCUCACCAGGAUGUGUACCAUACGCAUGAGCUUGGUCAAGGGCUGGGGCACCGAGUACAGGCGACAGACCGUAACCAGCACCCCUUGUUGGAUUGAGCUGCACCUCAAUGGCCCCCUCCAGUGGCUGGAUAAAGUACUGACACAGAUGGGCUCCCCCAGCAUCCGCUGUUCUAGUGUCUCCUAAAUACACGCACACAGGUGCGCGGACAGAACAGUCAUUCUGGACAAGUACCUUUUCUCUCAUGGCUAACUUACGAGGACGUUUGAAAAAGACACGCUGAGUGGGCCAGGGAAGCUUAUAUUCAUGAGCUCGCCUUGACUGACAGCUCUUUGAAAGCCGAUGUCAAGCAACUUGGAUGCAGUGUUGGGAGUAAAUUCAUCAAGAUAAUGUGGUGAUACACUACGCAACUCAAACAGCAUUGAAAAUGCAUCAAUUUAUGUCCCCCCAAAAAUUCAUACAUCUAACAUUUGUCAUGUCUCUUGUGAUGCAGUUCACAGCAGCACUGACGGAUGGGUUGACAUGACAACUGCAUCAGAGUUUUGAACGACCCUUACCCCGCUUUUGUUCCAUGGUGGCUGAAGACCUAGCUAGCCAGUAACUAGCUAACACCAGACACAGAUAAAGACCUAGCUAGCCAGUAACUAGCUAACACCAGACACAGAUAAAGACCUAGCUAGCCAGUAACUAGCUAACACCAGACACAGAUAAAGACCUAGCUAGCCAGUAACUAGCUAACACCAGACACAGCUGAAGACCUAGCUAGCCAGUAACUAGCUAACACCAGACACAGCUGAAGACCUAGCUAGCCAGUAACUAGCUAACACCAGACACAGCUGAAGACCUAGCUAGCCAGUAACUAGCUAACACCAGACACAGAUAAAGACAUAGCUAGCCAGUAACUAGCUAACACCAGACACAGAUAAAGACCUAGCUAGCCAGUAACUAGCUAACACCACACACAGCUGAAGACCUAGCUAGCCAGUAACUAGCUAACACCACACACAGCUGAAGACCUAGCUAGCCAGUAACUAGCUAACACCACACACAGCUGAAGACCUAGCUAGCCAGUAACUAGCUAACACCAGACACAGAUAAAGACCUAGCUAGCCAGUAACUAGCUAACACCAGACACAGAUAAAGACCUAGCUAGCCAGUAACUAGCUAACACCAGACACAGAUAAAGACCUAGCUAGCCAGUAACUAGCUAACACCAGACACAGAUAAAGACCUAGCUAGCCAGUAACUAGCUAACACCAGACACAGAUAAAGACCUAGCUAGCCAGUAACUAGCUAACACCAGACACAGAUAAAGACCUAGCUAGCCAGUAACUAGCUAACACCACACACAGCUGAAGACCUAGCUAGCCAGUAACUAGCUAACACCAGACACAGAUAAAGACCUAGCUAGCUAACACCAGACACAGAUAAAGACCUAGCUAGCCAGUAACUAGCUAACACCAGACACAGAUAAAGACCUAGCUAGCCAGUAACUAGCUAACACCAGACACAGCUGAAGACCUAGCUAGCCAGUAACUAGCUAACACCAGACACAGCUGAAGACCUAGCUAGCCAGUAACUAGCUAACACCAGACACAGCUGAAGACCUAGCUAGCCAGUAACUAGCUAACACCAGACACAGCUGAAGACCUAGCUAGCCAGUAACUAGCUAACACCAGACACAGAUAAAGACAUAGCUAGCCAGUAACUAGCUAACACCAGACACAGAUAAAGACCUAGCUAGCUAACACCAGACACAGAUAAAGACCUAGCUAGCCAGUAACUAGCUAACACCAGACACAGAUAAAGACCUAGCUAGCCAGUAACUAGCUAACACCACACACAGCUGAAGACCUAGCUAGCCAGUAACUAGCUAACACCAGACACAGAUAAAGACCUAGCUAGCCAGUAACUAGCUAACACCAGACACAGCUGAAGACCUAGCUAGCCAGUAACUAGCUAACACCAGACACAGCUGAAGACCUAGCUAGCCAGUAACUAGCUAACACCAGACAUAAAGACCUAGCUAGCCAGUAACUAGCUAACACCAGACACAGAUAAAGACCUAGCUAGCCAGUAACUAGCUAACACCAGACAUAAAGACCUAGCUAGCCAGUAACUAGCUAACACCAGACAUAAAGACCUAGCUAGCAAGUAACUAGCUAACACCAGACAUAAAGACCUAGCUAGCCAGUAACUAGCUAACACCAGACAUAAAGACCUAGCUAGCCAGUAACUAGCUAACACCAGACAUAAAGACCUAGCUAGCCAGUAACUAGCUAACACCAGACACAGAUAAAGACCUAGCUAGCCAGUAACUAGCUAACACCAGACAUAAAGACCUAGCUAGCCAGUAACUAGCUAACACCAGACACAGAUAAAGACCUAGCUAGCCAGUAACUAGCUAACACCAGACAUAAAGACCUAGCUAGCCAGUAACUAGCUAACACCAGACACAGAUGAAAGAGGAAACAUAAGUAUCCUUGACAUAAAUUAUUAGGUUAAACGUUGUAUUAUAUAUGCUGACACCCUACAGACAAAUUGUGGCACCAGUAGAGUAGCUAUCUAGUUAUAUAAACCACACCCCUCUGCAAACACGUCUUCUCCGAUGUUGUUAUUAUUUAAAUUAGUUACGAGAAUACCAUGUUACCAUUGGUGUAUUAAAACGAGAGUUAAGGUGAUGUCACCUUAAUAAUGAAUCCAAGUGUUUGACACGGUGACUUUAGGAUCAAACUUCAUCAGUGUAGAAACGAGUUAUUUUUCAUACUUUGGUCAUUACACUUUGAUCUGGUUUCAUCCAAAAUAUCAUCACAUUUCAUUUGGACUGUUCAUGACCUUUUUAAGGAAUAUUUCUCUCAAAACUGAUUCCUAAAAAAAAAUGUGUCUGGAGAUUUGGUUUACUCCGUCAGCUAUAUAGGGCAACAAAGCCAGAUGGUAUUUGUAGUUUAUUUACCUUUUUGUUUUGUUUUUUAAACAGUUCUUCUCAACA